AUCACUUUUAUCUGAACACAGAAACCAGAACUCCACUAUCAACAAUACUCUCCAUCUCUUAUGGCUCUGGUUCGUGAUCGCCGCCAGUUGAAACUCCGCCUCCCGGACCUCUCCGACUGCGGUCCCCGCUUCCCCCUCCCCCUCCCACCCUCCUCUGCCCCUGCCAUCUCCUCCGCCGACCUCGAAAAGCUCCAAGUCCUCGGGCACGGCAACGGCGGCACAGUCUACAAAGUCCGCCACAAGCGAACCUCCAACAUCUACGCUUUCAAGGUCGUCCACGGCGACGGCGAUCCCACCGUUCGCCGCCAGGUUUUCAGAGAGAUGGAGAUUCUCCGCCGUACGGACUCUCCUUACGUCGUGAAAUGCCAUGGAAUCGUCGAGAAGCCGUCUGGAGAUGUCACGAUUUUGAUGGAGUAUAUGGAUCGAGGAUCGCUUGAUACGCUCUUGAAGAAGAAUACCACGCUGUCAGAGUCCACGCUCGCUCACGUAUCGCGUCAGGUUCUUAAUGGCCUUCACUACCUUCACUCUCAUAAAAUCAUUCAUCGCGAUAUUAAACCGUCGAAUCUCUUGGUGAAUAAGAAUAUGGAGGUUAAGAUUGCCGAUUUUGGAGUUAGUAAAAUCAUGUGUAGGACUCUGGAUGCUUGCAAUUCCUACGUCGGAACCUGCGCUUAUAUGAGUCCGGAGCGGUUCGAUCCAGAGACUUACGGCGGAAAUUACAACGGUUACGCCGGAGACAUAUGGAGUUUAGGCCUUACUCUUCUGGAACUCUAUUUAGGCCAUUUUCCUUUUCUUCCGCGUGGUCAGAGACCGGAUUGGGCGACUCUGAUGUUUGCGAUUUGCUUUGAUGAGCCGCCGACGCUGCCGGAGGAUGCGUCAGAGGAGUUUCGAAGCUUCGUCCAGAGUUGUUUGCAGAAGGAAUCGAGCAAGAGAUGGACGGCGGCGCAAUUAUUAACGCAUCCGUUUGUAAGUAAGGAAUCGAGAUCCGAUCGGUGAAUCGGGUGAGAAAGUGGUGGAUUGAAGGAUUCGAAUCACUGGUGGUUUAAAGGUCCGUCCAAUUUCUGAGAUCUGUAAUAAACUUGCCGAUUUCGGAUGAACUUUUGUAUAUAGUUCUUUUUCUUCCUUCAAUCAAUCUGAAUCUUUAUCUAUAGCGUC